AUGAAGCAGAGACAGCCUGGGGUGGUUGAGGCCCCGCCAGGGGUCUGUGAACCCAAAAUGGAUGGCUCUCGUUUUGAUUUGAUCCGCCAGAGGUUGGGCUUUGAUGCUUACUGCCCUUCUGACGAUGGCCGUCUUGUUGUUUUUUAUUCUACUGAAUUCUCUUGCUCUAUUGUGGGUCAAUCCUCUCAGUAUUUGGCCCUUCGUGUGAGGCAUUCUCAGUUGCGAACUGAGGUGGUUGGGGUCUUUAUGCAUGCGGCCUGCUCUGUCAGGGACCGCCGCGAGCUUUGGGCGGACUUACGGACACUGCAGGUGUUGGGGCUGCCUCUUAUCUUUCAUGGGGAUUUUAAUGUUAUCUUGUAUGCGGAGGAGAAGAGAGGAGGUCGGAAUUUUUGCAGGGCUGGGUCGGAGGACUUUCAUGAUUUCAUACAGGAUUUGGACUUAACAGAUGUGGGUUUUUCUGGGAACCAGUUCACGUGGUGUAAUAAUCGUCAGGGUAGGGCGCGGGUCUGGAAGAGGCUGGAUCGUGUCCUGGUUGAUCGUGGCUGGUUGGGAAGUGGUGUGGUGCCGUCGGUUCUUCACCUGGCUCGCACUGCUUCUGACAUUCCCCGUUGCUGGUUUCUUACUUGCUUUCAGGCUUGUCCUCUCCGAGGAGUUUCCGAUUCCAAGACGUUUGGCUUCGGCAUGAUAGUUUUCAGGGUGUAG